UGUGAAUUAAACAAUAAUUUUUAAACGUAUAUAUUAUAGCAGCCAGUAAAUAAUUUUUUUGGUGCAUUCGAAAAUACUUAUAUUUUGUAUGAAUGAUUAAAUAAUGUGGUUUAGCAACGGAUUCCUUUCCUUUAUUGUUACCGUUUUAGUUAAAAUAAAGCUGAAGUCACCCGAUAAAAGAGAAGUAUCUCAGCAAAUACAAUUCAAAAAGCAAAAAAUGGGAAGUGAUAUUACUCUUAGGGAUUCCAAAAAUAUUCAAGUCAAAUCAGUAUCCAGAGUAUACGCCGAUGUCCUAUCGAAUAAACCGAACUCGUACUAUGAAUACGAUAAUUACUCCCCCCAGUUGGAAGACAUAAACAGCUACAGCCUUAUUCGCAAACUAGGUCACGGAAAAUAUAGCAUAGUCUUCGAGGCUCUACACGACGAAAGAAACGAACGAGUGGUUAUAAAAAUGCUGAAACCGGUUCGAAAGAGGAAAGUGAAACGUGAGAUAAAAAUCUUGGAGUGUUUGAAAGGCGGCCCCAACAUCGUCAAAUUGUUGGCCGUUGUCGGUAUCCCACACACCGACCUCCAUGCUUUAAUCUUUGAACAGAUGGUCCACCACGAGGAUUUCAAGAACAUUUAUUUGAAACUCAGUGAGAGCGACACUAAAUUCUACUUAUACGAGGUGCUGAGAGCCUUGGAGUACUGUCACAGUAGAGGAAUCAUGCAUAGAGACGUGAAACCGCACAAUAUCAUCGUCGACCAAGAGAAUCGAAAGAUCAGGUUGAUUGACUGGGGCCUUGCCGAUUUUUAUCAUCCGGGGCAAGAGUACAAUGUUCGGGUGGCGUCGAGGUACUUCAAAGGCCCCGAGUUGUUGGUGGAUUACGGGUUUUAUGAUUACUCCCUAGAUAUGUGGUCUUUGGGUUGCGUUUUUGCCUCCAUGCUUUUCAGGAAGGAACCUUUUUUCCAUGGAAACGACAACUACGAUCAACUCGUGAGGAUUGUGAAGGUGUUAGGUACGGCAGAGUUGAACACCUACUUGAAAAAGUACAACAUAACGAUCGAUGUUAAAUUUUCAUCCAUGUUGGGCGUGCACACUCGAAAAUCGUGGCAGAGAUUUGUCAACACCGAACACGAGUACCUAAUUACCGACCACGCGAUCAAUCUCCUAGAGUCUCUGCUCAAGAUCGAUCACAUGGAGAGAAUUUCGGCCAGGGAAGCUCUGAACCACAAGUAUUUUUCGCCAGUGCGUCGGAAACUCCACCCGAAGUCACCUUCCCUUUUAAACAGCGUGCUUUCAUCUCCGGAGGAGUGUCCUUAAUUAUGUAUUCCUUUUAUAUUUACCACAUUAAAUUUAAUGUAAUUUUUAGGAACAACGGUUAUAACACGCAAGACUAUUUUUUAAUUUAUUAAAAUAUGUUUAAAUUAUUUUAGAGUAACAGAAUGUUUGUCGAUUUAACUCAGU